AACCCCAAACUACCACCACCCAAACCCAAGAGAGACCCCAACACCAAACUGAGCAACAGUUCUGAGACCAUGAAUGGUCUGGACUGGCAGGCAAGAGGGACACGCAUGAGACCAAGAGAUUCUGGAGCAGGCCGAAGCCAGGGUGUUUUUCGGGCCUCAAGCGAGCAUAGAAGUUGUUUAGUUCUCAUGGAGGGAGUUCUUCUGAUCCCCUGCAUCCCGGUCACAGACCCGAUGCCUCCACCUAAACCCAAACGGAACCCAAACACUCAGCUCAGCACCUCUUUUGAUGAGUCUUUCAUACGUAACCACGGACACCAGACAUCUUUGCAUUGGGACAAUUCUCAGAAUCAGAGUCCUGCACCCAGUAGACAUGGAGCAGAGGAACCGUUCUACAUUGAGAUGGUUGGAAAUAUCCUGAGGAGAUGAAAGUCAAGAAGCAUUUGAUUACGAGCAAAGUAGUCUGUGUAUGGAAUGAAAUACCCGAUGGAGGACUUCCUACAGGAUACUCACUCUAGGAUCCGAGCUUGGUCUACUCUCGCGCUCUACUUUGACAUCCCUCCACCUUUCCCCAACCUCCUGACCCACCGCCCACCACUGCUUGUCUUCCCCCCUGCACCUGCUCAAUGCUCCCCGAAUUCUGACGAGUCUCCUCUGACCCCCUUGGAUGUCACCCGGCUGCCUAUGAUGGACAUGUACCAUUCAACAGUCCGUGCUGCUGAACAACCUCAGAGCUCCACCCACCGCAAGGACAGAGCGGACCGGGAAAGAGAACAUGAUUGUGAGCAAAACCGUGACCGGGAUCUGCCCCCCACCCACACCAUCACUUCCUCCGGACGCUCAUAGCUUCCACCUCUCCCUCACAUUUUUACAAGUCCACAAGCUCACUCCCGUGGUCAUGGUUACCCUCGUAGUCAAUCAGCAUGCCCAUCUCCGGUCAGCAUGGGCCGCUCUCUGACUCCUCUGAACUUGAAGAGGCCGACCACCGAUGAUGUUCUGAUGGCAGAGGAAGUAUGGCCCGCUCUUCCCUCCUCCCUCCUCCUCCUCUCAAGGGCAGGGGAAGUGGGGGCAAAACUCAGUAUCUCUUCCACUCAUGGCUCUAUGCAGAAUGUGUCACUGAGGUCCCAGACCCCAACAAGCCCGAUGGCCGACCUCAAUAACCUGUUCACAUUCAGGAAGACAGACGAAGAAGAAGCAGGCAGGAAGAGCAGAGACAUUGGAGGAGACUCCAGAUCUCUGCCCAGACAAGAAAGCAAAGACAAAGACGGUCAGUCAAGUCCAGUUUCCACCAGGAUGGGGCGAUCUUCUGUCAGCCCCACAAUGAUGCUGUCUGGAGGAGGAGGAGGAGAAUCAAAGCCAACGUAACUCGGGCGUUCUGCCUCCACCUCAGGUGUUCCUUCACCAGGUGGAACAUCACAACGUCACCUACAUGAGCUACAUCACCCCGCCCUCAGCCAGAUGCCGUGGCUCUGUGGAGACCCCACCAUGAUGGAGAUGAUUGAGAAGAAGAGAGUUUUGUGUGGAGAGAUUAAAGCUCGUCAGCGUCCGGAGAAGAAUCUGUGUAAACAGGACAGCAUGCCUAUCCUGCCCAGCUGGAGGAGGAAGCAGCCACCGCCAUACUCUGCCCCGCCCACCUCCACCGCUGGACAUACCAGCAAGGUGUUCUGGGACACCGCCAUCUGAAAUACACUGAAAUAAUAACACUCCAGCAAUGAUGACAAAGCAGACAUCGGGCCACGCCCACCACAACACUGUGUUCAUCUUAAAGGACUUCUCCUGCUG